AUGGUCAGUACGUUGGAUCUUUUUGUAGCGGUCGCCGCAGUGGCGUUUGUCGGCUACUUUGUGAUCAUGAACAUCUUUGGCUUUGGUGGUGACGGCGGGCAAGAUGCCUUUACUGCCUCUCUGGCCAGUGUGAAUAACCCGUCUGGUGAUUCCGGCUCCGGCUCGGGAGUUGUUGCCAAGAUGCAGAAGGCCAAGAAAAACGUGGUUGUUUUCUAUGGUUCUCAGACUGGCACUGCUGAGGAUCUCGCGUCUAAAUUAGCGAAGGAAUUGCAUUCUCGUUUCGGCCUUUCGACAAUGACAGCUGACCUGGAGGACUACGAGUACGAGGACUUUGACACGUUCCCCGAAGACACUCUUGUCCUCUUCAUGAUGGCCUCCUAUGGUGAGGGUGAACCUACUGAUAAUGCUGCCAACCUUUGGACUUUUAUCAUGGAGGACGCUCCCGAGUUUUCCAACGGCGGCGACAUGAAACCUCUGGAGUCAAUGCACUUUGCUGUUUUUGGCCUCGGAAACUCUACCUACGAGCACUACAACGCUAUUGGUCGCCAGCUAGACGCCCGUUUGGAAGCGCUUGGUGCCACGCGUGUUGGCAAGUACGGCGAGGGCGACGACGGUGCUGGCACUAUGGAAGAAGAUUAUCUAUCUUGGAAAGAGGAGUUCAUGACCACUCUGCGCGAGGAGCGUGGUCUCCAAGAGCGUGAUUACGUUUAUGAGCCCACAAUUGAGCUUGAGGAUGUGUAUGAUCUGAGUGUGGACAGCCCUGAUGUCUACCUUGGUGAGCCCAACAAGAACCACUUGGCUGGUAUUUCAAAGGCCCCUUUCACUGCUCACAAUCCUCUAUUGUGCCCGAUCAAGGAUACUCAUGAGCUUUUCAAGGAUAACAAGCGUAACUGUGUCCACGUGGAGUUCGAUACUUCUGAUGAGAACAUUCGCUACACCACUGGUGACCACCUGGCUUUCUGGUGUCAGAAUGAGUCAAUCGAGGUCGACCGUUUCCUCAAAGCAUUCGGCUAUGAGAACCGUCGUGACGAUGUCUUUGUCGUCAAGAAACUCGAUUCCACUACUAAUGUCCGCUUCCCUUCCCCUACCACUUUUGACACCGUCACCCGGUUCUUCCUGGGCAUCAACGGGCCUGUUUCUCGUCAGCUGUUAACCCAGUUGGUUGGCUUUGCUCCUUCCAAAGAAGCUGAGGACGCUGUUCGUAAGUAUGGUGCCUCUAAGGAUAUGUUCCAUGAGUCAAUUGCUUCCAAAAACUACAACCUGGCCCGCCUCUUGUUAGAGUUGUCUAAUGGCAAACCCUGGGACCGAGUGCCCUUCUCGUUCCUAAUUGAGAAUAUCCCUCAUCUUCAGCCUCGUUACUACUCGAUUUCUUCCUCCAGUGCCGAACAGCCAAACACUGUGUCCAUUACCGCUGUUGUUGAGCGCAACCGUGGUCCUGAUGCCGAUUUUGAUUGCCAUGGUGUUGCUACUAACAACAUCUUUGAUAUCAAAGAGGCUAUGGCUGGUAAGACGACCGGAAACUUCAAACUCGAUGGUGCCCGUGGCUCUUACACAAAGGGUGAUGCCAUCCGUGCUCCUAUCCACAUCCGCCACUCCAACUUCAAGCUUCCAAGCAAGGCGGGUGCACCUAUCAUCAUGGUUGGUCCUGGUACUGGUGUUGCGCCAUUCCGCGGUUUCAUUCGCGAGCGUGCGCACCUAGCCAAGUCUGGCAAGGAGAUCGGAAAGGCGGUGCUAUUCUUCGGCUGCCGUCACUCCAAGGGCGAUUUCUUGUACGAGGAAGAGUGGCCGAAUUACACCAGCGAGGAGACUGUUGGAAAGAUCGACGGGCCAUUCACAGAGUCCAACUUCCUUGAGCUUCACACCGCCUUCUCCCGUGAUUCCGACAAGAAAUAUUAUGUCCAAGAUCGCAUGCGUGAAAAUUCCAAGCUGGUGAAUGAGCUUCUGUUGAAAGGUGCCUACUUCUACGUUUGCGGUGAUGCUAGCCGCAUGGCCCGCGAGGUACAAACCACUCUGGCUGAGAUCAUUUCCAAAGAACGUGGCAUCGAUUUCGACGAGGCUGAGCGCAUUGUUAAAAAGAUGAAAUCUCGCAACCUCCUGCAGGAGGAUGUGUGGUAA